GUUGACAAGUCAGAGUAAAUCUAGAAGCUUUGGUCUUCUUACCUGUUACCUGCUGAGGCCUGACAUGCGCACAAGCUUGAGGACGCAGAGAAUGGUCAUGAGGCAGAUGUCUCUAUAUCUUUUGCUCGGCCAUCUCCUCAUCGCUGGCGUUGGCUCUGUCUGUGUUAAUGUCCUGUGUCUGAAAUGUAACACCACGGGACAAACACCGCCAGAGUGUCCAGUCUGCCCAGACAGUCAAAACUGCAUCAAUGUAUCUGCAAGUAAUCUAACAAACUGCAAGAAAGAGUUCAAGGUUCAUGUCAACAGCAGCAUAUCCGAGCCAAACGAGGGUAAUGACAUCACCCUAAAUUGUAUCCAUGACCUUCCCAAUUUGAACCUGACGUUUGAGUGGAUGAAGAAUGGGGAAAUCCUGAAAGGCAAAAAUACAUCCACACUGUUCCUGAAAAAAGUGCUCCAACGUCAUAAUGGCCAGUACCACUGCUCUGUAAAUAGCACAUGUGGCCAUUAUGAGUCUUCGCCACACGUUGUCGAUGUUAAAAACAAUAAUCUGGUGCUCCUGGUGAUCUGUGGUGUUGGAGCUUUGGUCGUGGUUGUGAUUAUUGGGGUGGUUAUGAAGUACAAGCUGAAAAGGGACAGCGCAAGAUACAAGGAGAGGAUGAAGCAGAGGGGGCAGGAUGGGCAGACUGCCACACAACCUCCAUAUGCACCAAGAGAAAGCUAAAUAAGAACCAGUCUAAUCCAGUUUCGAAAAUAACAAAUACUGAUAUUGUUUCAC